GAAAAGGUUCCUUCACUGCUGCAGCCUUCAGCAAAAGCUCACGCUUCGCGUUGAGACAGAAAGCUAUCAAGCAAGAUACCUUCCUGCUUCCUGCUCCGGGUUAGCGCUUUUCUAUUCUGAGAAUCCCUCCCCUGAGCUGUACGGUGGUGAGGAGUACGGACGAUCAUAAAGCUCGUUGAGUAGCGGCCUGGGCUCAAACAGGCAACCAUACGCCUUCAAGUCCUACGUUUUUAGGUUUUGAAAUGCCGGCUUGUGGGUUUAAGAGAGUCUUAUUUUCAAGAGGUUGUUUGGAAGGGGCCAAAGCAAGUUUACCACUGUUUGGAGAGGAGCCAUGUCCUGGAAACCUGGGAACAGAAGCAGAGAUGGCUUAAACAACCGGGCUAGCCUUUUGGGCGGUGACAGUGAACAAAUUCAGCUGCGGAUAGAUCCAAGAGACCAGGACUUGGACACAGAAAUAGAAGGGCUGAUGGGGAAGGUGGGCCGGUUAAAACAGGUCACGAGCCUGAUCGAGGAGGAAACGAAAACGCAAAACGCUCUUAUAAACAACCUGGAAGACACCGUAGCGAAAGCAAAUGCGAUGCUGAAAACAAUGGGUAAACGAUUAGAUAGAAGUCUCAAGGUUAGCACGAAUGGGCAUCUCUUACACGUGAUUCUAUUUGCAACCGCAUGCUUCUUUUGUGUGUACCUUUGGUCAAAAUUUAGGUGAGACAGUUGCACAAGCGUCACGGCUGCUUCCAGCCGUGUUCGACAUGACACCGAGAGUUUCUCAACUUUUUGACGGCAAUAGCGGACGCCUUCAAUCUAUAUCGGUGUUGGAUCCACUUUUGGAAAGCUUAAAGUCUAGUCGGAUGAACAUCAUAUAUGCACUUUUGAUAUACUGAGUUUUGCAUUUCGAG